GAUCCGUCCCCAGCUGUCCAAAGAGAAAAUAGAGGGAUGUCACAUCUGCACCUCGGUGACACCUGGUGAGCCCCAGGUGCUGCUGGGGAAGGACAAGGCCUUCACCUACGACUUUGUCUUUGACCUGGACACAUGGCAGGAGCAGAUCUACAUGACAUGCGUGGGCAAACUUAUCGAAGGCUGCUUUGAGGGCUACAAUGCCACUGUGCUGGCAUACGGCCAGACUGGUGCGGGGAAGACGUAUACCAUGGGCACCGGCUUCGACGUGAGCAUCUCUGAGGAUGAGCAAGGCAUCAUCCCACGGGCCAUCGGCCACCUCUUCAGCGGCAUCGAGGAGCGCAAGCGGGCGGCACAGAGUCAGGGCAUCGCGGCGCCCGAGUUCAAAGUCAGCGCCCAGUUCCUGGAGCUCUACAAUGAGGAGAUCCUGGACCUGUUUGACAGUGCCCGUGACCCUGACACACGCCACCGCAAAUCCAACAUCAAAAUCCACGAGGAUGCCAGCGGGAGCAUCUACACCACGGGGGUCACGUCACGCCUCAUCAGCUCAAAGGAUGAGUUGAUCCAGUGCCUAAAACAGGGGGCUCUUUCCCGCACCACCGCCAGCACCCAGAUGAAUGUGCAGAGCUCCAGAUCCCAUGCCAUCUUCACCAUUCACCUGUGCCAGAUGAGAGUGUGCACCCGCCCGGAGCUGGUGAAUGGGGAGGUGACCAGCCUCCUGGAUGGAGCCCAGCCCACCACCGAGUAUGAGACCCUCACGGCCAAGUUUCACUUCGUAGACCUGGCUGGCUCGGAGAGGCUGAAGCGAACAGGUGCUACCGGUGAGAGAGCAAAGGAAGGCAUCUCCAUCAACUGUGGACUGCUGGCCUUGGGGAAUGUCAUCAGUGCCCUCGGAGACCAGAGCAAGAAAGUUGUGCAUGUGCCCUACCGUGACUCCAAGCUCACCCGCCUACUGCAGGAUUCCCUUGGGGGCAACAGCCAAACCAUCAUGAUUGCCUGCGUGAGCCCCUCUGACCGGGAUUUCAUGGAGACCCUGAACACGCUCAAGUAUGCCAACCGGGCUCGCAACAUCAAGAACAAGGUGGUGGUGAACCAGGACAAGACAAGUCAGCAGAUCAGCGCGCUGCGGGCUGAGAUCGCCCGCCUGCAGAUGGAGCUGAUGGAGUACAAGGCAGGCAAGCGAGUCAUUGGGGAGGAUGGCUCAGAGGGCUACAGUGACCUUUUCCGUGAGAACGCCAUGCUGCAGAAGGAGAACAGUGCCUUGCGCAUGCGGGUGAAGGCCAUGCAGGAGGCCAUCGAUGCUAUCAACAGCAGGGUCACCCACCUCAUGACCCAGGAGGCCAAUCUGAUGCUGGCCAAGGCAGGUGAUGGCAAUGAAGCCAUUGGUGCCCUCAUCCAGAACUACAUCCAGGAGAUUGAAGAGCUGAGGACAAAACUCCUGGAGAGCGAGUCCAUGAAUGAGUCCCUGCGUCGCAGCCUCUCGCGUGUCUCUGCCCGGCCCCCCUACUCCAUGGGCUCGUCCCCUGCAUCUGGCUUUGCUGGCCUGUGCAGCCCUGCUGCUCUAGUGGAGACGGAGGCCUCUGAUGUCCUCCAGCGGGCUAAGCAGGACUUGGAGCGCCUGAAAAAGAAAGAGAGGAGGCAGAGGAGAAAAAGCCCAGAGAAGGAAGCAUUUAAGAAGCGGCAGAAACUGCAGCAGGACAACGGGGAGGAGACGGAUGAGAACGAGGGGGAAGAGGAGGAGGAAGAACAGGAUGAGAGCGGCUGUGAGGAAGAGGAUGGACAUGAGGAUGAAGAUGAGGACUCGGGCAGUGAAGAGAGCCUGGUGGACUCAGACUCGGAUGCAGAGGAGAAGGCCGUGAAUUUCCAGGCAGACCUGGCAGAUCUGACUUGUGAGAUAGAGAUCAAGCAGAAGCUGAUUGAUGAGCUGGAGAACAGCCAGCGGCGCCUACAGACCCUCAAACACCAGUAUGAGGAGAAGCUGAUCCUGCUGCAGAACAAGAUCCGGGACACACAGCUGGAGCGGGACCGGGUCCUGCAGAACCUCAGCACCAUGGAGUGCUACACGGAGGAGAAAGCCAACAAGAUCAAAGCAGACUAUGAAAAGCGUCUGAAGGAGAUGAACCGGGACCUGCAGAAGCUCCAGGCAGCCCAGAAGGAGCAUGCUCGCCUGCUCAAGAACCAGUCCCGUUACGAGCGGGAGUUGAGGAAGCUGCAGGCAGAGGUGGCAGAGAUGAAGAAAGCAAAGGUUGCGCUGAUGAAGCAGAUGCGUGAGGAGCAGCAGCGGAGGCGGCUGGCAGAGACAAAGAGGAAUCGGGAGAUUGCGCAGCUCAAGAAGGAGCAGCGCCGGCAGGAGUUUCAGAUCCGGGCUCUGGAGUCUCAAAAGCGGCAGCAGGAAAUAGUGCUGCGGAGGAAAACCCAGGAGGUCUCAGCACUGCGCCGUCUUGCCAAGCCCAUGUCUGACAGGGCUGCGGGGAGGACGAGCCAGAAGCCAGCCAUGCUGGACUCGGGGGUGGAGGUCUCAGCCAGUACCACCUCCUCCGAGCCCGAGUCCAGUGCUCGCUCUGUCUCCAGCAUCGUGCGCCAGUGGAACAGGAAAAUCAACAACUUCCUGGGAGACUCCUCAUCCUCCGUGAAUGGGGCUCGGUCCACCAGGAAGAAGUUCCCCAAGAAGAGUGUGAGCCAGACCUUCAGUAAAGCCGCCCGUCUCAAAUGGCAGUCCCUGGAGCGGCGCAUCUUUGACAUUGUCAUGCAGAGGAUGACCAUUGUCAACCUGGAGGCUGACAUGGAGCGGCUCAUCAAGAAACGUGAAGAGCUGGCGCUGCUGCAGGAAGCAUUGCUGGGUAAGAGGGCGAAACUGCAGGCAGAGAGCCCCAUGGAGCAGAAGGGGCUGCAGGAGCUGAACGAGGAGAUCGAAGUGCUGGGAGCCAACAUUGACUACAUCAACGACAGCAUUUCUGACUGCCAGGCCACCAUCAUGCAGAUUGAGGAGACCAAGGAGGAGCUGGACUCCACGGACACCUCGGUGGUGAUCAGCUCCUGCUCCCUGGCCGAAGCCCGGCUCCUGCUGGACAACUUCCUGAAGGCCUCCAUCGACAAGGGGCUGCAGGUGGCACAGAAGGAGGCCCAGAUCCGCCUGCUGGAGGGGCGCCUGCGGCAGACAGAUGUGACCGGCUCCUCGCAGAACCACGCCAUCCUGGAUGCCCUGCGGGAGAAGGCUGAGUUGCACCCUGAGCUGCAGGCCCUGAUCCAGAACGUCCAGCAAGAGAAUGGCUACACCAGCACAGAUGAGGAGGUCUCCGAGUUCAGCCUAGCUUCAGAUGGGAGCGUCUCCCAGUCUUUCACCAUGAAGGGCUCAGCAAGCCAGGACGACUUCAAGUUCAAGGGAGAGCCCAAGCUCUCAGGGCAGAUGAAGGCAGUGUCGGCUGAGUGUCUAGGACCCACGCUGGACGUUUCCACCAAGAACAUCACCAAGUCCUUAGCAUCCCUGAUGGAGAUCAAAGAGGAUGGAAUCAGCUUCUCCAUCCGAGACCCCUAUCACAAGGAGAAGGUGUCACGCACCAUCAGCCUGCCCACACGAGGAAGCACCUUUCCCAGGCAAUCUCGUGGUUCGGACACUUCACCUCUUACAAGGAGGAAAUCCUAUGAUCGUGGGCAACCUGUCAGGCCUCCAGAUGUUGGCUUCACGCCUCCCUCCUCCCCACCCACCCGUCCACGCAACGACCGCAAUGUCUUCUCUCGUCUCACAAGCAACCAGAGCCAGGGGUCUGCCUUGGAUAAGUCUGAUGACAGCGAUUCCUCUGUCUCGGAGGUGCUGAGGGGCAUCAUUAACCCCGUGGGUGGCACGAAGAAUGUCCGGACAGCCCCGCUGCAGUGCAUCUCUGUGGCGGAAGGACACACCAAGCCUGUGCUCUGCCUGGAUGCCACCGACGAGCUGCUUUUCACUGGGUCCAAAGACCGGAGCUGCAAAAUGUGGAACCUGGUGACAGGCCAAGAAAUUGCUUCCCUCAAGGGUCACCCAAACAACGUGGUUUCCAUCAAGUACUGCAGCCACACAGGGCUGGUGUUCACCGUGUCCACGUCGUACAUCAAAGUGUGGGACAUCCGGGACUCAGCACGGUGCAUCCGCACCCUCACAUCUUCUGGACAGGUGAUUUCUGGGGAUGUGUGUGCAGGGACCACCACCCGCACUGUCACCAGUGUGCAGGGGGAGCACCAGAUCAACCAGAUUGCUCUCAACCCCACUGGCACCAUGCUGUAUGCUGCCACUGGCAACUCCGUCCGCAUCUGGGAGCUGAGCAGGUUGCAGCCCAUUGGGAAGCUGAGCGGCCACAUCGGGCCUGUGAUGUGUCUCACGGUAAACCAGACGUCAAGCAACCACGACCUGGUGGUCACGGGCUCCAAAGAUCACUACGUCAAGGUGUUUGAGAUUGCUGAGGGUAUGGUGGGCAAUAUUGGCCCCACACACAACUUUGAGCCCCCUCACUAUGAUGGCAUUGAGUGCCUGGCCAUCCAGGGAGACAUCCUCUUCAGCGGCUCCAGGGACAACGGCAUAAAGAAGUGGGAUCUGGAGCAGCAGGAACUUAUCCAGCAAAUCCCCAAUGCCCACAAAGACUGGGUCUGUGCACUGGCUUUCAUUCCUGGCCGCCCCAUGGUGCUGAGUGCCUGCCGAGGAGGCAUGAUCAAAGCCUGGAAUGUGGACACCUUCACACCGGUUGGGGAGAUCAAAGGGCACGACAGUCCCAUCAAUGCCAUCUGCACCAACUCAAAGCACAUCUUCACUGCCUCCAGUGACUUCACAGUGAAGCUCUGGAGUGGGAGGAGGUUACCUGCAGGGUCAAACUAG